AUGACUCAAACUCUCCAAGAUAAGACCAUGCCACUGGGCAUUCAACGCAGCGGGAGCCGACUCGGAGAGCUUCUGGUAGCCGACUCGCUUGUUGCUGCAGGUUCAGCAGCACUUAUAACGCCUGCCGUGAUGAUCUUCGACCGACUUGUUGUCGAAAAAUCCUUUUACAAUCAGCCUCUUCUCCCCGCAUUUCGCAAGCAUCUUUGGUUCUCCCUUACACAGCCGGCCACCUUCUUAACAUCACGCCCCAGUCUCCUGGUCUGGUCCCUCUACACAGCUACGUUUGCAACAGCCAAUAUGUCAGAGACUUUGUUGAACAAAGUCUACCCCAAGAUCGACCACGCGAUCGCGGGGAUGACCACAUUUGCAUCGACCUUCUUCGUCAACUCCUCCGUGGGAAUCUGGAAAGAUGUCAAAUUCGCCCAACUUUUUGGCCACAAUAAUAUUAAAAAUACCCCGACUCCAUCGACUACAACACCUACAACUUCGACUCCCAACAUCGUUCGCUCAAUCGGCCGAACCAGAAUUCCCUUGGCUACAUACUCUGCAUUCCUUCUCAGAGAUGGCCUUACAAUCUUUGGAUCUUUCAGUCUCCCCGCUAUGGUCUCCGCGAACAUCCCAGACUCAGUCGCAUCUCAGGAGUAUUUGAAGAUCUUGAUUGCGCAACUCGCCAUCCCCGCAUCCAUUCAACUCGUUAGCACUCCCAUUCACUUAUUCGGGUUGGAUGUUUAUAAUAGACCCCAAGUGCUACCGAUGAAGGAUCGGAUUUCAAGGAUCAGUCGCGAUUGGAUUGGCGCGUCUCUCCUUCGCAUGUGUCGCAUUAUCCCCGCCUUUGGAAUUGGUGGGUUCCUCAAUACGGAAGGACGUUUGUAUCUACACGACCAGUUGGAUGAACGACGUAAGCCUUCAUGA